AACAAAUCUAGAAAAAAUAAAAAAUGUCUGAGAACUUCUCCGUCCCUGCUAACCUCCACACCAAGGAAGCCGCUGCUGAUAACACUGGCAAGAACAACUACAGCAUCAAGGCUGGUUUGGCCCAGAUGUUGAAGGGUGGUGUUAUUAUGGAUGUCAUCAACGCUGAGCAGGCUCGCAUUGCUGAGGAGGCCGGUGCCUGUGCUGUCAUGGCAUUGGAGCGUGUCCCUGCCGAUAUCCGCAAGAACGGUGGUGUUGCCCGUAUGUCUGACCCCCAGAUGAUCAAGGAGAUCAUGGCUGCCGUCACUAUCCCCGUCAUGGCCAAGGUCCGUAUCGGCCACUUUGUCGAGGCUCAGAUCAUCCAGUCCAUCGGUGUCGAUUACAUUGACGAGUCCGAGGUCCUGACCCCUGCCGACGAGUCCAACCACAUCCUCAAGCACAACUUCAAGAUCCCUUACGUCUGCGGUGCCAAGAACCUCGGUGAGGCUCUCCGUCGCAUCAACGAAGGUGCUGCCAUGAUCCGCACCAAGGGUGAGGCUGGUACCGGUAACGUCGUCGAGGCUGUCCGUCACAUCCGUACCGUCACCUCCGAGAUCCGUCGUGCUUCCUCCAUGACCGACGAGGAGCUCUACGCCUACGCCAAGGACCUCCAGGCUCCUUACGAUCUCCUCAAGGAAACCGCCCGUCUCGGUCGUCUUCCCGUCGUCAACUUUGCUGCCGGUGGUGUCGCCACCCCUGCCGAUGCUGCUCUCAUGAUGCAAUUGGGCUGUGAUGGUGUCUUUGUUGGUUCCGGUAUCUUCAAGUCUGGUGAUCCCGCCAAGCGCGCAAAGGCUAUUGUCCAAGCCGUCACUCACUACAACGAUGCUGCUGUCCUUGCCACUGUCUCCGAGAACCUCGGUGAGGCUAUGGUCGGUAUCAACCUUGAUGAGUUGACCGAGGAGCAGAAGUUCGCCAAGCGCGGAUGGUAAAGAAUGAGCCUUUUAUAUAUACACACUUUAUUCUUUUUUUUUAAAAAAAAAAAAACAUACAUAUACAUAUACAAGACACACUUCUACAUUUUUUUUUAAAAAAAAAAACACACCCACACACACAAAAACAUGUAUACAUAUAUAAUAUCAUAUACUUUACUAUAAUAUAUUAUACACAAGAGAGAGAUAAAGAAGUUAAAGAUAUAUAGAUAAAGAAAAGAAAAGAACAAGAGAGACCCCUUUUUUUUUAUUUUGUAAAAAAAUAAUAUAUAUAUAAAAACUUAAUUAUU